CCCAAAUCCAAGUGGAAGGUGAAGGUCUUGUAUAGUCCCGUUAGCUGUCUCGGUAAACCGCUUGUCGCAUAUUGUCGCCACAGUCUCCGGUUCAAAUAAACAGCAGCUAUGUCGGUGUUCAGUGAGGUCCCACAAGCAGCCCCUGUAGCUGUCUUCAAGCUAUCGCAAGAUUUCAGUAACGACCAGUUCCCCCAGAAGGUGAACCUCGGAGUGGGAGCCUACCGUACAGAUGAAGGCCAGCCAUGGGUUUUGCCAGUGGUGAAAAAGGUGGAAAAGAUCAUUGUGCAUGAUGACAGGCUAAACCAUGAGUACCUGCCCAUUCUGGGCCUGCCUGAGUUCAGAUCCUCAGCUUCCAAGAUUGCACUGGGAGACGACAGUCCUGCCAUCCAGGAGGACAGGGUGGGGGCUGUCCAGUGUCUGGGUGGUACAGGUGCUUUGAAGAUGGGCGCAGAGUUUCUCAGGCGUUUCUACAAUGGAAACAACAACACCAAAACACCCGUCUAUGUGUCCGCACCUACUUGGGAAAAUCACAACGCUGUAUUUGCCAAUGCUGGCUUUGACGAUGUCCGUCCAUACAAGUACUGGGACGCAGAGAACAGAGGCCUCGAUUUGGCUGGUUUCCUUGGAGACCUGGAGAGUUGUCCAGAGCACUCCAUCUUUGUCCUGCAUGCCUGUGCCCACAAUCCAACUGGCACAGACCCCACACAGGAGCAAUGGAUGCAGAUCGCUGACAUUAUGAUGAGGAGGAAGCUAUUUGUGUUCUUUGACUCGGCUUAUCAGGGAUUCGCCUCGGGCAGUCUGGAGAAAGAUGCCUGGGCGGUCCGCUACUUUGUCUCCAUGGGCUUUGAAAUGUUCUGCGCCCAGUCGUUCUCCAAGAACUUUGGCCUCUACAAUGAGCGUGUUGGCAACCUGACCAUUGUGGCUCAAGAUGCAGACAACCUGAAGCGAAUUCUGUCCCAGAUGGAGAAGAUUGUCAGGACCACUUGGUCCAACCCACCAUCUCAGGGAGCUCGCAUUGUCGCCAUCACUCUGAACUCACCUGAACUCUUUAGUGAAUGGAAGGACAACGUGAAGACCAUGGCUGACAGGGUCUUGUUGAUGAGGGCUCAGCUGAAAGCUAAGCUCCAAGCUCUGGGGACACCAGGGACCUGGGACCACAUCACAGAGCAGAUUGGCAUGUUCAGCUUCACAGGCCUAAACUCCAAACAAGUGGAAUAUAUGGUGAAGGAGAAACACAUCUACUUAAUGGCCAGUGGUCGCAUCAACAUGUGCGGUUUGACCACCAAGAACAUAGACUACGUGGCUGAGUCCAUCCACGAGACUGUCACCAUGGUCCAGUAGAAGACUACACUACCCAUAGUUCACAGCUCUUCCUCCAGCCUGGCCCUGAACCAACUGAUUCCAGGGAAAGUGUUUGUAUCCAGCAGAUUUCCUGGAGCAAACAUAAACUCUCAUUUCCACAAAUGUACAGACAGCCCUCGGCACACUGGCUCCUGUUUACCCCUCCUUUCAGUGUUUGUGCUAAGCUAGGUUAGCAUCUUGGACCGAUUUCUAUCUGAACGCACAAAAAGACGCACAGAUAUUCAUCCUUUCAUCUAAUCCCUGGUAGAACAGCAAAUACAGUAACUGUGUUUAUAAUUUGUACCUCUGUUUACUUUGUGUUGGUCUCCUACUUGUGUUUGUACAUGCAGUGCAUUAGUUUAUAUAUCAUUACCGGGACAUUUGAGAGGGUUAUUUGUGACUGUGUUACAAUGACCUCAGCAGUGCUGACUCCCUCUGUCCCGCUGUAAUGAUUCAUCCAUUCCAAGUGUUAAUGACACAUUUCCAAUUUUAUUUAGCCUGCAUUAAUUAGCAUGUGUGAUUAACCGAUGUUAAGAACACUUGAAAAACAGAAUAAUAUUAACAUGACCAAACUGACUUAGUGUAGCUUUAAUUGGAGGUAGUAGGAAAUGUUUACCACCUCUUAUCAUGAAUGAAGUAGCGGUAUUGCACUGAUUGCUGGGUGCAAUGUGAACAAGAGCUGAGUGUUAUCAGGAAGAUAUUUUUAACUUGAACUAUGUAAUUUAUUAAUGAUACUGUCUUAUGCCCAAAGGUGUAAUACUAAUUACCUCACUUUUAAUCUGUAUUAGUGGAGCACAAAUGGUACUGAAUGAACAGGUUUUGUGGCUCUGAGUGUACUCUGUUUUGUGCAGUCUUGUCGGGCACCUCUCAAGUGAAGGUUAAGUUUGCACAAUGAUUGUCUGUUCGUAGUACUAGUGCACUAUUAUGCAAGGUCCUCAUGUAAGUGGCACAAACACACUAAUGAUCAACCAGUUUGAUAUCAUAUCACUGUGCACAGUACACCAAUAAAGUUUAGUCAUAAUGUUUAGAAAAUGGAUUCAAGCUGAAAAUGUCCUCACCAGACAGUCUAAUGAGAUGAAUGAACUCCUCUAAUAAAUAACUUUAAACAGUA